AAAUUCAUUCUAUGCUAUGCUUCCCGCGGAAAUCUCCCCCUUUUGUUAGUUUGUAUCUUCUAAAACCUUUCCCCCAAAUCGAACGAAAUUUGAUCCAAUAAAACCUAGAAAUCAUCAUCAUCAUCAUCAUGUUUUUCGACAAAUUAUUCUCUCUCUCUUUAUGCUAAAAUCUACACUCACAUUGAUAAAGGGGUGAAUAACAGGAUUCUCUCCGUCUGAUGUCACAUCCACAACCUUCAUCAGAAUUUGAACGAACCUCGAAUAAUCCCGUUGUUGAUGAUGCUGAUGGAAACUUACAUCCUAAUCAUCAAAGAUCAGGUCCACUCCUCAGAUUGACGAAAAUACCUCCAAUCUCGAUUCGUCGGAUCCACACCAUGGAUGAAAUGAGAGAUAACAACGUUGGAGGUGGAUGCGACGACGGCAUCAAAUCUUACAAAGAUUGUGAUCGCCGAACAGACGAAGCUGAUAUACUCGAUGCUUCAUCUCUUGGCCUAAAUCGUAUUCGCAGUCGCUCCUCUUCUUUGCAUCGUAGGGUGGUUGAUUCUACUGCUGGCACAGCCUCAAAAUCGGAUGCCUAUGAUGUAGAUAAGAUCGCAAAUCCUCCGGGAGGCAAACUGGACACAGCGAAACAGCCUGCAAAAGCUGAUCCAGGCAAGAAGGUGUCCUGGGGCCAAUCUAAAUCCUUACAAGUUCAACUACAAUCUAAUGCUGGAAUGGAGGGCUCUAACACAGCGUUUGCCAAGGAAAUGCAGUCUCCAAGGUUCCAGGCCAUAAUGCGUGUCACAAGUGGUCGCAAAAAGAAAGUUCCUGAUAUAAAAAGCUUCUCUCAUGAACUCAAUUCCGAAGGAGUCAGACCUCUGCCACUGUGGAAACCUCGUGCAUAUGGACAUGUGGAGGAGAUCAUGGUAAUGCUGAGGGGAAAGUUUGAAAAGUUGAAGGAAGAAGUGAAUGCUGACCUGGGCAUCUUUGCUGGAGAUUUGGUUGGAAUACUUGAAGAAACUCCAGAAUCUCAUCCAGAAUGGAAAGAGAUGUUGGAGGACUUGUUAAUUAUAGCUAGCAAGUGUGCAAAAAUGACAUCCAAUGAAUUCUGGUUGAAGUGUGAAAGCAUUGUUCAGAGUCUUGAUGAUCGUCGUCAGGAGUUACCCAUGGGUAUACUCAAACAAGUCCAUACCCGUCUCUUGUUCAUACUCACCCGAUGCACUCGACUUGUGCAAUUCCAUAAAGAGUGUGGAUAUGAAGAUAGCCACCACAUUUUGGGGCUUCAUCAGCUAAGUGAUAUUGGUGCCUAUACAGAGUCUACAUACAACUUUAACAACUCAUUAGUAAAAGAUCAAGCUACUGAGUCUCAAGCUGGCAGCUCACAUGAAGGGGAUCAGGAGCUAGAUCAAACAAAAGGUGCUACUUCAUCUACUGGUAAAAGGAUUUCAUCUUGGAAGAAGCUUCCAUCUCCUGCAGAUAAGGUUGUAAAAGACCAUAAUGACCUUGACAUCCCAUCAAAGGAGUUAUCCGAUUCCUCCGACCAUUUGGAACUUAAAGAUGAGCAUGAGCAUAGCCCCCCGGUGUGCCCUUCUGAGAAUUUUGAGAUAACCUCAAAAGUAAGGAGAGUUACAUUUGGAUUUUCAGAAGAGCAACAUCAUUAUGAGAGCUCAUUAAUAUGCCGUAUAUGUGAAGUUGAAAUACCAACUGUACACGUAGAGCAGCACUCUAGAAUAUGUACUAUUGCUGAUAGAUGUGAUUUAAAAGGCGUGAGUGUGAAUGAAAGACUCGAAAGAGUUGCAGAAACUCUUGAAAGGAUCAUUGAUGAAUGGACACCAAAAGGUGCUGACAUGGCAAUUGGAAGUCAAGAAAGUGCAAGAACAUCUCUAUCAAGUAUAUCUGAAGAUCUGGACAAGUCCUGUCAAUUCUCUGAAGACCUAGAUAGCAUCCAGGAAACAGACACAGAAGAUUUCCACAGUUUACCUGACACGAAUUGCAGCACACGUGGCACUAUGAUACCUAUUGUGGGUCCAAAAGCCUUAUCGGCUGGAUGCAUGACUCCUAGAUCACCUCUACUCACACCAAGAGCGAACCAGAUCGAUGUAUUCCUGAGUGGAAGGAAAACCAUAUCUGAGUAUGAAGACUGGCAGCAGAUACACAAGCUACUGGAAAUCGCUCGAUCUCUGGCCCACAUAAACACAAACGAUUACAGUGCAUUGGAUUCCAUGCUUGAUCGUUUAAAAGACCUCAAGUAUGCUAUCCAGGAUCGAAAGGUGGAUGCCCUUAUUGUUGAGACAUUUGGGAGACGAAUUGAGAAACUAUUACAGGAGAAGUAUGUACUUCUAUGUGGGCAGAUAGAGGACGAGAAAACAGAGAGUCACAUGUCGUAUGAAGAUAGUCUAUCAGGAGAGGAGAUGGGGCGUAAUGUACGUGCUAGCCCUGCUACAAGUGCAUACUCCAAGGAUCGAACAUCAAUUGAAGAUUUUGAAAUAAUAAAACCAAUUAGCAGAGGUGCAUUUGGACGGGUUUUCUUGGCCAGGAAGAGGGCAACAGGCGAUGUUUUUGCAAUAAAGGUUUUAAAGAAGGCUGAUAUGAUUCGUAAAAAUGCAGUUCAAAGCAUUUUGGCAGAACGUGAUAUCUUGAUAUCAGCUCGCAAUCCUUUUGUGGUACGGUUUUUCUACUCUUUCACAUGUAGAGAAAAUCUAUAUCUGGUGAUGGAGUAUUUAAACGGAGGAGAUCUUUUCUCUUUGCUGAGAAAUCUUGGUUGCUUAGAAGAAGGCAUGGCACGUGUAUAUAUUGCAGAACUUGUUCUUGCGUUGGAGUAUUUGCAUUCUUUGAAUGUGAUUCAUAGAGAUUUGAAGCCUGACAACUUGCUGAUUGGUCCAGAUGGCCACAUCAAGCUGACAGAUUUUGGGCUAUCGAAGGUUGGUCUGAUAAACAACACGGAGGAAAUAUCAGGGACCGGAUCAUCAACCAUCAGGACUGCUAUCUUUCAAGACAAUAAUAAUAAUAAUAAUAAUGAAGUCAAGACAGAAUCGCCAUCACCAUCACCAUCACCAUCACCGGUCAACAGCAACAGAGAAGAACGCCAAAAGCUCUCUGUUGUUGGCACUCCUGACUAUCUCGCACCCGAAAUACUUCUCGGCAUGGGACAUGCCGCAACAGCUGAUUGGUGGUCUGUUGGUGUUAUCCUGUUUGAGCUACUUGUAGGGAUUCCACCCUUUAAUGCAGGAUCUCCACAGCAAAUUUUUGCCAACAUUAUGAAUAGAGACAUACCAUGGCCUGAGGUACCCGAGGACAUGAGCUUGGAAGCAUAUGAUCUGAUAAACAACUUGCUUAUUGAUAAUCCGAUUCAACGUUUAGGUGCAACCGGGGCUGGAGAGGUGAAGAGACACCCUUUCUUUCAGAAUAUCAACUGGGACACACUUGCAAGGCAGAAGGCAACAUUUAUACCAUCAGCUGAAGCUCUUGAUACGAGCUAUUUUAUGAGUCGAUAUAUCUGGAAUCCAGACGACCAACAUCUGGAUGGUGGUAGUGAUUUCGAUGAUAUGUCUGAAGCUGACACAUCUUGUGGUCAUAGUUCUCUCAGCAACAUGGUCGAUGAAGAGCAGAGCGAGGGAUACAGUCACAUGGCCGACUUUGGUGGUCCACAUCCUAAUGUCAAUUAUUCUUUCAGUAAUUUCUCAUAUAAGAAUUUGUCCCAGUUGGCUUCCAUCAACUACGAUUUACUUAUAAAAAGUGCUCAAGAUUCCAUACAAGAUUCAAAACCAGAUACCCCAUGACACAAAUUUCACCAAUC